AUGGCUCUUCCUAGAUCACUGGUUUUUGCUUUGUUCGGCUGGGUGACAUUCAUCUGUCUUGAUGCACAAAAAACCACAAGUAUAAAUUGUGACACAAUACCCAGCCCACUCGUGCUGUCAAGCUUUUUGGAUGAAUAUGCAGGUGAUAUAGAAUGGAUUACAAAUAUUCCACCCGAUGUAGAUUUGAAAUUAAGAGAGUAUCUGUUCCCUGAACACUUAGAGUAUGUGGAGCUGGUAUAUCAUCCUGGAUCCAAAAAUGCAACAGUCAGGACUCUUAAGGCACUGGAUGUUGAUUCUAUUGAGAGUGACCAUCUCUUCUAUGCUGUUGUUUGCCAAAGGUUUGGAACAAUUAAUGAGGUAGAGAACCCACGGGACUUACUCUUACAAGAUGUAAAUGACAAUUCUCCAGAAUUUAACCAAACUCACUAUAGUGCUUCUCUAUCAGAGGUGUCUGCAAUAAACUCAGUGGUUAUAAAAGUGGAAGCAGUGGAUAAAGAUUAUUCACCUUUGUUGAACCUCAUUACUUACAGUCUUUGGGGUCCAAACUCUGAUUACUUUUAUAUAAGGGAAGGAGAUGGAAACAUCAUGGUGAAUAAAAAACUGGAUUACAACAAGAUCAACCUUUUCAAUUUAACAGUCCAAGCAAAGGAAAGAUUUGGAAACAACAGUGGUACUGCAUCGUUACUGAUUCACAUACAAGAUUAUGAUACAUUGAACCCCUAUUUCAGUCAGUCAGUGUACAAUGGAAGAAUCAGUGAAAAACAGUUGGGUCCUCUGGCUAUUCUCCCAGAGAAGAUAUUGGCUAAAGAUGGAGACAGAGGUAUAAAUGAAAAAGUGCUUUACAGCAUCAAGCUAGUGAAACCCCCGGACUUCAGCAAUAACUUUUUAAUCCAUGCUGACACUGGAGUAUUAGAAGUAAAGACUGCAAUUGAUAGAGAAGAAUGUCCAUAUCUUGUUGUGGGCAUUCAGGCAACUCAGCAAGACAAUAUUUUCAAAACAACUGAUGCAGUGGUUCUGGUUACUGUUGAAGAUGUGAACGACAAUCCUCCAGUACUGUCACAAUCAAGUUACAAUGUCUCAAUUCCAGAAAAUUUCCCAAAUGGGAUGGAAGUUCUUCAAGUCACAGCUGUUGACAAAGAUGAGGGAGGCUUCCAGGGAACAUUCAGUCUCCAUCCAGCUGACAGUCCCUUCCAGCUGAGUCGAGCUGGGAUCCUAACUGUGAGGAACUCCACACUGUUGGACAGGGAGAGAAAACCAUCUUUUCACCUACAGGUCACUGCUAGAGAUCAUUUGUCACCUUAUGAUGAGGUAAACUCUACAAUCAAUAUAGUGUUGCUAGAUGAAAAUGACAACAGCCCAACUUUUAGAGGCACGCCAUAUAGACAAGAGAUUUUCAUCAACAUGACUGCAGGAAUGUCCAUUCUUCAGGUUGCUGCUGAUGAUCCAGAUGAUGGUAUAAAUGGAGAGAUAAGCUUUAUCUUAGCUGGUGGCAAUGAAGAUGGAUACUUUGAAUUAGAUACAUCCACAGGACAAAUCAGUUUAAAAACAGUAAUCCCAUUAGGAGUCAACCAGCUUAAGAACUUUGUUUUGUGGGUAACAGCUAUUGAUGGUGGAAUGAUUCCAAGAAGUUCAUCAGUGCCAGUACAGAUCUUUGCAGUUGGAGAUUCCAGACCACGGUUUAUUCAGAAAACAUAUAAUGUGUCUGUGCAAGAGGAGCUAGAGGGUCCUGUUGUUGUAACAAGAGUAGAGUAUGAAACUUUAAACCCCUAUAUCACAAUUACAUUUCAAGUACUGUCAGAGUCUGCUACAUUUGACAUCGAUGUCAACGGAACCAUCUCAACAAAAACCAAACUGGACUAUGAAUCCCAGAAUAACUACACCCUAAAUAUUUCCUUGUCAGAUGGAAAUGCUACUGACUAUGCAACAGUGUUUGUCAGGGUUACAGAUGUCAACGAUAACAGUCCUGUGUUUGCUGAGACCAGCACUACCAUCAAUGUUCUGGAGAACGUGCCAACUGGAGUUGCUCUCACCAGUGUGUCAGCUACAGAUGUGGAUGAGGGCUUUAAUGGGUUAGUGGUUUACACUCUGAAAGGUGGAGAAGGAAAAAUGGAUAUUAAUACCUCGGGAUCAAUUUUGCUGGAAAAGGAAGUGGACAGAGAAGAACAAGGCUUCUAUAACUUAUUGGUGAUUGCCAGUGACCAAGGUCAACCUGCGCUGUGGACAGCUCUCAAUCUGACAGUCAUCGUUGAUGAUGUGAAUGACAACCCUCCAGUCUUCUCAUCAAGUGUAUAUGAAGUGAGUGUCCCUGAAAAUGAAGUGAUUGGAAAGGCACUGCUGACAGUAUCUGCUACUGAUCUGGAUGCAGGGGAGAAUGCCCUCGUCAAGUACAGAAUUGUUAGCCAGCAACCUCCGACCUCCUCGCCGGUGUUCCGUGUCAAUUUGACCACAGGCCAGCUCAGCCUGAGCCAGCAGCUGGAUUAUGAAACCAUAAAGCAACUUGAAGUAAGAGUGGAGGCAUCAGAUGGAGGGCAGCCAAGUCUCAGCAGUCAAACACGGGUCGUGGUGCACGUACUAGACGUCAACGAUCACCCACCAGAAUUCAACCAAGCAGCUUAUGAUGUGUUUGUGUUUGAAAACCUACAAAAGGGUAGUCCUAUCUACACAUUCAGUGUUACUGACAAGGAUGAGGCUGGCUUUUCCCAGGGACACUUUGUCCAUAACAGUACUUUGUUUACUGUGGAUAUGCCUGGAGUACUUUCACUACGGAAUGACACAGAACUGGACAGAGAGACUACAUCUACAUUCACUUUACAAAUCUGGGCAGUUGAUGCCAAAACGGAUGGGUUUACUUCAAGUGCCUUGUUCCACAUCACUGUUCUGGAUGUGAAUGAUAAUAACCCUGAGUUUCAGAAGCAGCCAUACAGUUUUGCAGUUCUGGAAGGAGACUACGUGUUGCAGGCUCCUGCUAGGGUUGGACGUGUGGCUGCCUCUGAUUUGGAUGAGGGAGAGAACGCACGGAUUACUUACUACUUAUCAGCUGUGGAUGGGGAUAAUCCCUGUAACAUCCAACAGGAUGGAACCAUCUUGGUUAAUGGCUAUGUAGACCGAGAAGCAAAAGACAAGUAUGAGCUGCUGCUGGUGGCUUCUGAUAAUGGAGUACCUCAAAGGCAGAAUUUCACAUAUGUCAGCCUUCAAGUAUUAGAUGUGAAUGAUAACCCUCCUUGGUUUACACAAGCACAAUACUCAGCCAGAGUACGUGUAGCAACAGCAGAAGAGGGAGUGUCUGUGCUAUUCGUGUCUGCUACUGACCUUGACUCUGGGAACAACUCUGUUAUUUCAUACAGCUUCCUGAACCAUUCUGAUGAUUUCUGUAUAAAUAACCACACUGGAGAAAUCACCCUCAGCAGUAACCUGGACUACAUCACAGCUGACACAGUUGUUACACUGGUAGUUAUUGCUACUGACCAUGGGGUUCCUCAGCUUACAUCAAACGCCUCUGUGACUCUCUACUUGCUGGUAAAUGACACGAGCUUCGGGCUGAUUUUUGGUAGCUCCAGCUACGAGUUCAGCAUCAAAGAGGAUGAGCCCCCGGGGGCUGCUGUGGGCUCUGUGAAGGCUCUGACUGGAAGCAUAGCUGUACAAGUAGCAUACUCCCUGAAACCUCACCACGACAAGUUCUCCAUUAGUGACCAAGGAGACAUUGUGGCUCUCACCAGCCUAGAUCGAGAAGACAACGACCUGUACAGCAUCGUUGUAGAAGCUGUUGAUUCUGUGGUGCCACCCAAUACAGCCCUUGCUUUGGUGACUGUGAAAGUUGAUGACAUCAACGACAAUCCUCCAGUUUUCUCACCAUUGAUUCAAACUGAACUAUCAGCUCCUGAGAAUGCAGCUGGUCUAGACCUGGGCAUUUUUAGUGCUACUGAUCAGGAUAUAGGAGUUAAUGCACAUAUAAACUACUCUCUGCAAGAUGAUUUUGCUGGAAUGUUCCAUAUUAACAGUUCCACUGGCAGGCUGAUGACAAAAAAAUCCUUUGACAGAGAGAAGAUGGACAGUUAUGAAUUGAAAAUAAUAGCCACUGAUUCUGGCAAACCCUCACAGUCUGCAAGCUUAGUUCUGAGCAUCACUGUAGAAGAUGUGAAUGACAACCCACCAGUGUUCCCCCAGAAAUCAUACUCUGUGACUGUACGAGAGAAUGAACCUCCACAUGUGAUUUUGAGUGCAGCAGCCACAGAUGAAGAUAUAGGUUACAAUGCCAUUAUUCAUUACAUUAUAAUUGGAGAGGCCUCUUCCUUUCAUGUUGGUGAACUUUCUGGAAAUAUUACAACUCUUCAACCUCUGGACUACGAAAGUCAUCCCCAGUAUACAUUUAUUCUGAAAGCUUUCAAUCCUGGAGAGCCAUACCUCCAGGACACAGCAAACAUUACAGUUACCGUGGAAGAUGUUAAUGAAGAAGGACCCAUAUUUGACAAGCCCUCAUAUUACCAGAUCCUUCUAGACAAUUCUACAGCUGGCACACUGGUGGUAGAUAUCAAUGCCAGAGAUGAAAGCAAGGGUUAUGAUGAAGGCAUUUUCUACAAUAUUUCAGAUGGAAACUCAGAAAGCCUUUUUAGUCUUUCCAGUACCACAGGAGUACUCACGUUGACAAGAGACUUAUCCAAACAGGAUGUUCCCCUGUAUUACUCCCUGGUGGUCACCGCUACGGACUCGGGUCUGCCGCCUCUUUCAGCUUCUGUAAAGGUGUCAGUAACAAUAGCUCCCAUCAACUCUUUGUUCCCAGUGUUCUCUGAAGCCAUCUAUCAGCCUGCCCCUCUGAGUGAGAAGACACUGCCAGAUACAUUUGUUGUAGAGAUCAGUGUGUUUUAUAAGGCCCCUGUGAUAUACAGUAUUGUCUCUGGAGAUGAAAAGGGAUAUUUCAAUAUCAGUUCAUCAACUGGUAUCAUAAGAACACAAAAGAAUUUGAAACCAGAAGAUUUUCCAGUCAUUUUCAACGUGCGAGCAACAGAUUCGUCUAAUGAUAACAUAUUUAAUGAAGUUUCUGUCAAUGUGGAAGUUAUUGAUGAAAAUAAUUUCCCUCCGGUUUUCCCAUCCUCUCUACUAGAAGAAAAACUGGAAGAGAAUUUACCUGCUACCCCCAUUGUCCAGCUGAAAGCUCAGGAUAAUGAUACGGGUAGAAAUGGUUUGCUCACGUAUGGCAUUCUUAAUGGAGCCAGCCUAAAAUUCAGGAUAGAUGAAGCAACUGGAAUUCUGUAUUCCACUGCCUCCUUUGAUUAUGAAGAGGAACCUACAGAGUAUCAGGUUGUGAUAUAUGCUGAAGAUGAUGGAAUCCCUGAGAAGAAAAGAGGUUACUGCACAGUUGUCAUAAAGAUCGUUGAUGUUAAUGACUGGCCACCCGUCUUCGAUCCAGUGACUGAAUUCAGUGUAAAUGAAAAUGCACCUGUGGGAUUCAUGGUUGGGAAAAUCACAGCAACAGACAGAGACACAGGAGACAAUGCCUUUGUUCUUUAUAGCCUUCCAGAUGGUGGAGGCAACAUAUUUGAAAUAGAUGAAAUACAUGGCAACAUUAUUAUAAAGAAUCCUCCAGACUAUGAAACCAUGAAUAAAUACAACCUUACAGUGAAUGCAGUCAACAAUAAAUCUGCCCCUUUCCAUCAGGCAACUAUUCAUGUCACUGUUCUGGUGAUUGAUGUGAAUGAUAAUGCUCCAGUAUUUGCUCAGAACCCCUAUUCUGCUUCUAUAAACAUGAUUAAUCCUGUAGGUGCUCAUGUCAUAACUGUGAGUGCUACCGACCAAGAUCAGGGGCAAAAUGGCCUUAUUGAGUACUACAUCCUCCCUGACCCAAGCCUCAGCCCGUUCUUCCUGAUAGAUGAUGUGAAUGAGGGGAAAAUAAUUACAGCUGGAAACCUGUCUAGAUCUGGAGAGAUCCAUUUAACAGUGAUGGCAAAGGACAGAGGCUCCCCCUCUUUAAAUGGCACUGCCAGGAUUAUUCUGAAUGUCUCUGACAACCGCCCCUUUGUGCCUCGCUUUGCUGAGAGUGAAAUCAGCAUUUCCGUGGCAGAAAACACAGGAGUGGAUUAUGUCGUUUACACUUUUACUGUGGUUGAAACUUUAGGAAAAUUGAUAGAUUAUACAGUCGUAUCUGGCAAUGAAAAAGGUCAUUUUAGAUUGGAUCCAAAGAGUGGUCAGCUGAAAACAGCAACUAAUUUGGACUAUGAGGAAGUUUCUCAGUAUGUGAUUUUUAUUGAAGCAAAUGAAAAUCUCUCAUCUGCCACACAAGUCCAGCGUUCAGGCCUGCUGGCCCCCAACGUGGCAGUGCUGAGGCUGUGGGUGCAGGACGUCAACGAAGAGCCGCAGUUCCCCGGGGACGGCUACGCCGCGCGGGUGCCCAGCUCCGUGCCCUACAAGUACCCCGUCCUUACAGUGCAGGCUGUGGAUCCAGAUUCAGGAGACAACGGGCUGCUGCUGUACAGCUUAGUGAAUAAUCAAAAGAAUGAAUUUGACAUCAAUGAAAAGACAGGGCAGAUUUUUACAGUUUCCCUGGCAGGAAAGGCUGGAACAUUUUACCUGGAAGUCCAAGCAGCAGACCAAGGCACAAGAAGACUCACUGCCCAGACAACAGUCAACGUAACCGUUGACUCCAGUUCCAGUAACAACGUUGUGAUGGUGGCACUGAAUCAGAAGAUCAAUGUUGUUGAAAGAAAUGUUGCUGAAGUAAAAAGGGUCCUAGAUGAAAAGCUUGCAUGGAAUGUAUACAUCAUUGAUAUUUAUUCCAAUGACUUUGAAAGAGAAGCAAGAAGCAGCACAGAUGUAACUUAUGUAAAAAUUAUUGCUUUUGAUGAGGCAAACCAGGAAGUACCUGCAGAAGAUAUGAAAAGAAAACUUAGGGAUCAGAGGGGUAACAUUGAGCUAGAACUGGAGAAAGUAUUUUCAGCCUCUGUGACUGCUGCUGUAGAAGAGGCUCCUGCAGGCUCGGCGCCUCCCGAACGCGUUGCAACCAUCGUGCUGGGCGUGCUGCUGGCCUGCACCCUCACUGCCUGCCUGGCAUGCGUGGCUCUGACUGCAAAGAGGAAAAGAAAGAACAAGCAACAGAGUUUGGUUAAGAAGCGAGCUGAAAUUGUGGAGGGAAUUGAUAAUCCAUGUGCAGCUACAAAAAAUGGAAGUCUGAAAAGCUUAGGGAAACUAGAGCACAUGAAUAAUGUAACUGAAGUAAUAGCAUUUAGCAACAUGGGAGACACCAAAGGAGGUGAUGCUGACAACGACUUGCUUCAGGCUGAUGAAAAAUGCCGUUACCUCGAGCCAGUAGAUUGCAACAGUGAACACAAAGAAAAUGCAGCAUCUGAGAAAGCUGCUGAACUUAGGAAUGCAGAUGUCCAGCUCGCUGCAGAAUUCAGGACAAAACAGGAUUGCUUUCCGGCAGACACAAAUCAGGAGUCAGCCUUUUCCUUAGCACCUGGUCCCACAACGCGCACCCCUGAAAGAGAACUGAAAGGAGUAAAAUUUGCAGAAGUGGCAGUUAUUCUGGAUGCAGAGCCCGAGGAGGACGAUCUGGACGAUAACAAUGUUAUCUUUUCCUCA